UAAGCGAACUCGAGCCGUUUUAGAGGGAAGAGAAGAAGAACAGCAAGCGGAAAUAGGAAGACGAACGUUGGAGCGUUAAGUUGCUGAGUCAUCACAGAAAUCUAAAGUGUCUUUGUGUUUAAAAUCUCGUCUGACGGCGACAGUCCGUCGUAUGUGCAAUGGAUGACGUGGAGAUUACAGAUGUGGAUGAAGGCGAUGUGGUGGUGGAGGUGGACAGAACGCCCCCCAAGAACCAGGAACUGACUUCUUUUGGCGUGAUGGCUGCAGAGCUGCUGUCCGCGUACGGAUGGUACCUGCUGGUGGCGCUGGUGGCGGUCUACCUGCUGGUCCAGUACCUGAGCAAGAAGAGGUCCAGUCGGAGCCCCCAAAGCGCCGAGUCGUCAUACACGCAAGAUGCCGAGGCGGUGGUGAGACGCCAGGAGGCCAUGGAGGCAUCGCGCAGGAAGAUGCAGGAGGAGCAGGACGCCAAAGCAGCACUCUUUAGAGAGAAGCAGAAGCAGCAAGAGGAGGAGAAGAGGAAGCAGAAGAUCGAGAGCUGGGAGAGCAUGAAGCUGGGCAAGAGCUACAAAGGAGCUAGCAAACACUCUCAGAGCAGCGACGACGGCGCCUCGUCCAGCACGUUUGUCAAACCAAAGACAGACAGGAAGCCACUUCGCAGCUCUGACUACAAUCCCCUGAGCGGUGAGGGAGGGGGGUCCUGCUCCUGGAGACCCGGCAGGCGGGGGCCGUCGUCAGGUGGAUGAGGUUAAAGAAAGUCAGAGACGCUGGUCUGUCCGACCUUUGUCCUCUGACACCCCCCCGCCCCCCCCGCUGACACAAGCUCACAGCCUCCUGGACUCGGACACGCCUCCUGGACUCGGACACGCCUCCUGUAUGUUAGCAAUCAACGUGUAGCUGCUAACGUGUCAUCGCGUCGUCCGGGUCCUGGAGGACAACGGAAGCUUGCAAUGACGCCGCUCUUGUAAAAGGUUGCCAACCAGCGAGGGCGGCUGAAGGACGUCAGCGUCCGGUUUGCUUUUUUUUUCAGAUCUGCGUUUACAUCACAGCUGCUUUGGGUUGCAUUCAGUGACGCUAAUGACUUCAGAGCAAAAUAAACACGAGGUGGUCAUAUCGUCUUCGAAUUGUGCACACUGACAUUCUAAGAAAAUAAAGUUUUGUUCAAGA